CGCAGGUUUUCACCAAAUCACCACUUUCUCUCUCUACUUAAUUUCAAGCUUCAUCAUCAAUGGCAGAAGUUGAUUCGGCCUUCAUCCAAGACAUCAUCCACAGACCAAAGCUCGCCGUUGUUGAAGCAGAAGGUAUUCCCGUUAUUGAUAUCUCCGCCGCCGGCCUUUCCUCUUCCCAAUCAGACUCACUGGCCAAAGUCGCUGCAGAGAUCGGAAAGGCAUGCAAAGAUUGGGGAUUUUUCCAGAUCGUCAACCAUGGAGUUCCAGCGCAUUUUAGAGAGAGAGCGGAAGCUGCGUCUAGGAAUUUCUUUACUCAAUCGGUUGAAGAGAAGGGGAAGGUGAGGAGAGGCGAGUUGAAUCCGAUGGGAUAUUACGACGGCGAACAUACCAAGAACGUUAGAGAUUGGAAAGAAGUUUUCGAUUUUGUCGUCGACAAUCCAACCAUUCUUCCGGCUUCUCAUGAUCCCGACGAUAAAGAAGUGAAACUUAUUUUCAAUCAAUGGCCAGAGUACCCACCGGAUUUCAGGUCGGCAUGCGAGAAUUAUGCAAAGGAGAUCGAGAAUUUGUCAUUCAGGUUGUUGGAACUGAUAUCCUUGAGCUUGGGCUUACCUGAAAAGCAAUUGAACCCAUCAUUCGAGAACCAAACCAGCUUCCUGCGCCUGAAUUACUAUCCCAAAUGCCCAAUUCCUCACCUGGCUCUCGGCGUUGGCCGGCACAAGGAUGCGGGUGGGUUAACCGUCUUAAGUCAAGAUGAUGUUGGGGGAUUGGAGGUGAAACGCAAGACAGACGGGGAAUGGGUUAGGGUUAAGCCAAUUCCCAAUGCUUAUAUUGUCAACGUGGGUGAUAUUAUUCAGGUUUUGAGUAAUGAUAGGUACGAGAGUGUGGAGCACAGGGUAAUGGUGAAUUCAGAAAGGGAGAGGUUUUCAAUUCCUUUCUUCUUUAACCCUGGCCACCACACCAUGGUUGAGCCUAUGGAGGAGCUGAUAGAUGACCAGAACCCGGUCAAGUACACUGCAUUCAACUGGGGAAAGUUCAUUGCCAGAAGGAAUAUUAGCAAUUUCAAGAAGCUUGAUGUCGAAAACAUUCAGAUUUACCAUUUCAAAGUGUCAAGCUCAUGAUCAUGUAAUAUUAAGAAAAUUACUACUUUGAAUAAAUCGAAUGUAAAAGUAAAUUGAAGGACAUUUUUAUAUAUACAGUAUUACUACUAUGGAUGACAAUAGUUCGUAUGCAA